AGAUGCUGAACCUUCCGCGGAGGCAGCGGCGGCGGCGGUGGCAGUGGCCAGAGCGGGAGGAGGGAGGGAAGCCAGGGAGCGGGCAGCCGAAGGCCGGGCUGUCUGGCCGGACCGGGUACUGGCUGCGCUGCGCCGCUCUCGGCUCCGACGGCCUCUCCCAUGCGCUGAGGGCGCCCGGGCCGGCGGCCGGAGGGGAGGCUCCUCUCCAUGGUCCAGAAGACCAGCAUGUCCCGGGGCCCUUACCCACCCUCCCAGGAGAUCCCCAUGGAGGUCUUCGACCCCAGCCCACAGGGCAAAUACAGCAAGAGGAAAGGGCGGUUCAAACGGUCGGAUGGGAGCACGUCCUCAGAUACCACAUCCAACAGCUUUGUCCGCCAGGGCUCAGCGGAGUCCUACACCAGCCGUCCUUCGGACUCUGAUGUGUCUUUGGAGGAGGACCGGGAAGCCUUAAGGAAGGAGGCAGAGCGCCAGGCGUUAGCUCAGCUUGAGAAAGCCAAGACCAAGCCAGUGGCAUUUGCCGUGAGGACAAAUGUCGGCUACAAUCCAUCUCCAGGGGAUGAGGUGCCUGUGCAGGGAGUGGCCAUUACCUUUGAGCCCAAGGACUUCUUGCAUAUCAAGGAGAAAUACAAUAAUGACUGGUGGAUCGGGCGGCUGGUGAAGGAGGGCUGUGAGGUUGGCUUCAUCCCCAGCCCCGUCAAACUGGACAGCCUGCGCCUGCUGCAGGAACAGAAGCUGCGCCAGAACCGCCUCAGCUCCAGCAAAUCAGGUGACAACUCCAGUUCCAGUCUGGGAGACGUGGUGACUGGCACGCGCCGCCCCACGCCCCCUGCCAGUGCCAAACAGAAGCAGAAGUCGGCAGAGCAUGUGCCCCCCUAUGACGUGGUGCCUUCCAUGAGGCCCAUCAUCCUGGUGGGACCAUCGCUCAAGGGCUAUGAGGUUACAGACAUGAUGCAGAAAGCUUUAUUUGAUUUCUUGAAGCAUCGGUUUGAUGGCAGGAUCUCCAUCACCCGUGUGACAGCGGACAUUUCCCUGGCUAAGCGCUCAGUCCUCAACAACCCCAGCAAGCACAUCAUCAUCGAGCGCUCCAACACACGCUCCAGCCUGGCUGAGGUGCAGAGUGAGAUCGAGAGAAUCUUCGAGCUGGCCCGGACCCUUCAGUUGGUUGCUCUGGAUGCCGACACCAUCAACCACCCAGCUCAGCUGUCCAAGACCUCGCUGGCCCCCAUCAUUGUUUACAUCAAGAUCACCUCUCCCAAGGUACUUCAGAGGCUCAUCAAGUCCCGAGGGAAGUCUCAGUCCAAACACCUCAAUGUCCAAAUAGCAGCCUCGGAGAAGCUGGCUCAGUGUCCUCCUGAAAUGUUCGACAUUAUCCUGGACGAGAACCAAUUGGAGGAUGCGUGCGAGCACCUGGCUGAGUACUUGGAAGCCUAUUGGAAGGCCACACACCCGCCCAGCAGCACGCCGCCCAAUCCACUGCUGAACCGCACGAUGGCUACCGCAGCCUUGGCUGCCAGCCCUGCCCCUGUCUCCAACCUCCAGGGACCCUACCUUGCUUCCGGGGACCAGCCGCUGGAACGGGCCACCGGGGAGCAUGCCAGCGUGCACGAGUACCCGGGGGAACUGGGCCAGCCCCCAGGCCUUUACCCCAGCAGCCACCCACCAGGCCGGGCAGGCACCCUGCGGGCACUGUCCCGCCAAGACACGUUUGAUGCCGACACCCCCGGCAGCCGAAACUCUGCCUACACGGAGCUGGGAGACUCGUGUGUGGACAUGGAGACUGACCCCUCAGAGGGGCCAGGGCUUGGAGACCCUGCAGGGGGCAGCACCCCACCAGCCCGGCAAGGCUCCUGGGAGGAUGAGGAAGAAGACUAUGAGGAAGAGCUGACCGACAACCGGAACCGGGGCCAGAAUAAGGCCCACUACUGCGCGGAGGGUGGGGCUCCAGUUCUGGGGCGCAACAAGAAUGAGCUGGAGGGCUGGGGGCGAGGUGUCUACAUCCGCUGAGAGGCAGGGGCUCCUCCAUGGGAGGAAGGGUUCUGGGCCCGGGGGAGGGGAGGGACAGAGGGGCUCAGCACCUGAGAUGUAUCUUGCCUCCAGGGGGCUUCUUCUCUCCCUCCUUUCAGAUGCCUUGCUCAAUGUUU